GCUGGCCAGACAGGGCUGAUGCUGGCGGUCAGUCAUGGCAGGAUGGACAUGGUUCGGGCGCUGCUGGCCCAGGGGGCAGAGGUCAAUGUCCAGGAUGAUGAGGGUUCUACAGCCCUGAUGUGUGCCAGCGAACAUGGCCACGCUGAGAUAGUCAAACUACUGCUGGCCCAGCCGGGCUGCGACGCCACUCUCAGCGACAGUGAUGAGAGCAAUGCCCUGUCUAUCGCUCUGGAAGCGGGUCACAAGGACAUAGCAGUGUUGUUGUACGCCCACGUAAACUUCUCUAAGGCCCAGUCACCGGGAACCCCUCGUCUGAGUAGGAAGAUGUCCCCCAGUCCCACCAGGAGGGGCAUGUUUGACUAGCGCCACCGCCCAUUGGUCAAGUCUCAUGACACCAACCAACCAACCGCUGAGGAUUUCAACCCUCAGGGACAGACUUUGGCCCCACCCCCUGACAACCUGAUUGGACCAUGUGGGAUUAUUGACAAUGCAGUUCAACCAGAAAGGUUCCAUGGGUUUAUUGACCAUGUGGUCCAACCAGAAAGGUUCCCUGGGUUUAUUGACCAUGUGGUCCAACCAGAAAGGUUCCCUGGGUUUAUUGACCAUGUGGUCCAACCAGAAAGGUUCCCUGGGUUUAUUGACCAUGUGGUCCAACCAGAAAGGUUCCCUGGGUUUAUUGACCAUGUGGUCCAACCAGAAAGGUUCCCUGGGUUUAUUGACCAUGUGGUCCAACCAGAAAGGUUCCUGGGGUUUAUUGACCAUGAUGAAAGAUGAAACAUAUUGGUCAGUCUUUUGUAGUAAGAUGAGCUGGUAUUGGUCAGU